AUGGACGCGGACGAGCUAGCAGCACAGUUCGAGGACAAGGCCUCCGUGCGGGCGGCGGGCAGUGGCAAGACUGGCGGCCGCAAAGCAGGUGGAGGCGGCGGCGGCAAGGCCGGCGACGGGGGCAAGCAGAGGGAGAAGCAGAUCUCGAUGGCGCUGUCGAGGCUGCUGCGGCACCAGGCGCUCAACGCGGGCAUCAAGCUGGACAAGGAGGGGUACGCGCCCCUGGAUCGGGUGCUCCAAUGGGGCGCCCUGCGCACCCUCAACGUCACAGUACAAGAGGUGACCCAGGUCUGCGCCGACAACGAGAAGCAGCGCUUCGCCAUGAAGCCCGCAGCCGGCGGCGAGGGGUCCACGGAGACCACCAACCCGGCGCACUGGCUCAUCCGUGCCAACCAGGGCCACAGCAUCAAGCUCGAGUCGGAGGCGCUGCUGAGGCCCGUCACCCUCGAAGCAGACAAUGUUCCCCCUGUGGUCGUGCACGGGACCUACUUCGCCUUCUGGCCGCGCAUCGUCGAGUCGGGCGGGCUGCGGCGCAUGGGCCGCACACACGUGCACUGCUCCACGGGCUUGCCAGACGACGAGCAGGGCGUCGUCUCGGGCAUGCGGAGGGACGCAGAGGUCCUGGUGUACAUCGACGUGAAGCGGAGCCUCGAGGACGGGACCAUGACCUGGUGGAUCAGUGACAACGGCGUCGUUCUCACCGAGGGCGUCGGGGAGGAAGGGCUACUGCCUGCGAGGUACUUCAAGGAGGUCGUCGGGCGUAAGGAGGACAUCGGAACGUUGUGGAAGGAUGGCGAAUGGGUUGCAGAUCUGCCUGAGGACCUCAAGAGCCGGCCGCCUCCUGCCAAGGGAGGCAGAGGAAGAGGAGGUGGGCGAGGCGGGAAGGGUGGAAGAGGUCGAGGAAAGAGCGCGUGA